AUGAACGUUGGUUCGAUAUUAAAUGACGAUCCACCACAGAAUCCAAAUGAAUCUCAUCAAUCCAUUUCACCACAAACUUCAAAUAUUACUCAAUCUCCUCAAAUAAAUCAAUCACAACCACAACCCCAACCAGUACAACAACCUCAUCAUACAAAUGUAUCAUCAGUACCAAUAUCAUCAUCAAAUCGAUCAUCAACUCAAUCAGUACAUCAAAGACAUUCAAUAACGAGUAUGUUGAACGAUGCAGCACAAGAUGAAUCACCAGCAGAAAAAUCAACACAAGUACAAAAUGAUAAUUCAUUUAGAAAACCAAGUAUUUCUAGUAAUAGUAAUUUUAAUUCGCCAAAUAUAUCAAGUCGACCAUUACCUACACAUUAUGGAAGUGGGAAUUCAAGUUCUAUGUCUAGUCCUAUGACAUCAAAAAGAAAUAGUAUAGCGAAUAUAACAAAUCCAGAACCUGAACCUGAAUCAAAAUCUUCAGAUGUUGAACUUAAAAAAUCUAAUGGUCAUCAAUCAUUACCACUACCACCACAUCAAGAAUCACAACAAACUCAAGAAGAAAUACUACCAAAAAUUGAAAAGAAAAAAUCAAUAAUAGAGACAGAUGAUGAUGAUUUAACUAAAAUACAGAGGAUAAAAAAAUCAAAUAAACCUAAAAGAUACGAUUCACCACCUAUAUGGGCUCAAAAAUGGAUACCACCUAAUCAGCAAAACAAAUAUAAUAGUAAUGGACAAGAUGAAAUAAUAGACAAUGGAGAGUCAAUUACAAGAUUAUCUUCAAAAUCUGUAUUAAAUUAUAAUUCUACAAGAUAUGUUGAUUUGAAAUGUAGUAUAACGGGAGUGAUACCGCCAAGUUCAAUCAUAAGAACAAUAUCAGAAUGGAUAUAUGCCAAUUUUUCAAAUAUAGAAGACAAGAAUAGGAAAAAUGUUGAAUUAGAAUUAAAAUUUGGUAAGAUUAUUGAUAAAAGAACAGGUAAUAGAGUCAAUGCAAAUGUUAUAACUGAAUGUAUAUAUACUGAUCAAUCAAAUAUUAAAUUUGAUAUGGAAGUUGAAGAAAUUGCAUUUAAAGAUAUAAGAAAAUUAUUUGAUGAAUUAGAAAAAAUUCAUCAAGAAGAACUUAAAAGAAAUGGAAAUCAAGAACAUUUAAAAAAAAAAUUUAAUAUGUUAGAAAGUGAUAAAACUGAUUCAUUUUAUCAAAUUGGUCAAAAAGGUGAACAUUUAAGAAGAAUUAGAAUUUCAAAAGAUAAUUUAUUAGAUCCACCAAGAUAUAUAGCAAUACAAAAGGAAAGAAUUGGAGAUUUAUAUAUUCAUAAUCCUCAAUCAAUGUAUGAUUUAAGAUUAUCAUUAUCAUUAGAAAUUCCAGUACCAGAAGGUAAUAUAGAAUCAAUAAGAACUAAAAAUCAACCCCAAUUAUCUCGUGAAAAAAAACGAACUUCUUUUACUCAUCCAUCAACAAUAACUCAAUUUGAUUUAACAAAAGUUAUGAUACCAAAAGAAUUUAAAAAUAAAUCAGGUAAAAAAAUUAUAAAUUAUGAAACAAAAUAUGAAGUUGAAAUGGAAGCUGAUACUUUAGAAUUAUUUCAAAGUAUUGAUAAAAUUAUUUCUGGUACUGAUACUUUUAGAUUAGAAGAAUUAGUUGAAGUAUUUUUAAAUAAUGCAAGGAUCAUUAAUAAUAGAGUAACUAAAUUAGCAUUAUAA